UAUUCUCUUUCUAGACUUACUAAGAAACACACACACACACACACACACACACACACACACACACACACACAUAUAUAUAACUGGCUGCCCGUAAAUUCAAUGGUGGUGAGGUCUCUACUUAUUAUGCUGAAGUUAACUCACUGAGGUUGCUGAAGGUUUUCAUUGAGGACCAUGUAGUAGUUAUUGUCCUUGGACAAGAAAUAAGAUCUUCAGUGUAUGAAAAAAUUACAUGGACUCCUAAAAUCUGUUCAAGAGAGUAUAGCUGAUGUUUACAAUUCCCUCUCCCCAUCACCCUCCCCUCCCACACACACACACACACACACACACACACACACACACACACACAUGCACACAAAGUAUUGCUACUUAACUUGAAAACAUAAACUGUUGGGGGGCUGUGAAUCACAUAUGCAUAUUCCUGCUGUUACUGUAUGUAAAGCGUAUGUACCUCAUGUCAUUAUUCCUUGGCAUAUAUAAGUGAAAUGUUCAAUAGUUUUCUAUUUGCAUGAAAACGUGUAAUAUGUGUAAGUAUCAGUAUUCAAUGCUAUAUUAAGCACCGAAGCCGAUGCUCACUUGUUAGGAGUGUGGGGUUAACCUGCUAGUCGCCUGUGGGCAUCACUCACGGCCAAGUCGCGCUCAGACAAAGACGGGCAGGAUGGUGACCGAGUUCUUACGGUCAUGCCUACCUCAUCAAUAAACGUGUCAGGGAGAACUGCCUUUCCUCGACCCUACGAUGAUGGGUGUGAUCAGUAAAACAGAUCACCUGAGAGCCAAUUGAUGCCCAGCCGGUGCAGCUACAGUAAGAACUCGACCUACAAGCAAGAAAUUGGCUCCAUGUGAAACCGUAGCAAGAGUGAGUCACAGGACGAGGGGACGCUGACGUAAGCCUAAAGGUUGACCUCUGAGGCCCCGGGGUCAGCUCUACCCUUGACGACAACCACUCCCUUCUACCCACUGUGCCUCGCCACCAUUUUGUAGAACCCAUGGUCACAGGCAAGAAAAUAUAAUAGUAUGUAUGUGCACUGAAUUGAGUAGCCUAAGUGAAAAUUACCCACAAUUAGCUAGUAUUAAGAGUGGUAAUUUUAAAUUGCCCUUUCAGUGUCUCAGUAUUGAUACAAUUAAGUUGUUAGAUAUGUCUGAUACUGAGGAAAUUAAUGCCGUAGAUGGCCUUAGGGAAGGUGAGGGUGAGCAAGUGGACAGGGAUCAAACUUGUAUUGAAGAAGUUAGUGUCAGGGAGCGAGUGCUGACCGACAAAGGAAGAGAAUAUCAAGUCAGUGUAACCAAAGGAAAAGCAGAGUCCUGUAAGCGUAAAUGGAGCAGUGUUACCAGCAAAAUUAAGAAAGGAUUAAAAAUUGUAAUUAGCCCCUUUGAAUUAGAGCCCAUGUCAAGUGAAGUAAUAGAGGCAUUUCAUCAGUAUUAUGUGGAAUAAACAAAACUGAUGGAACUAGAGCCAGAAAAGUCAGAGGAGCUAAAUGAAGAGCUGGAACACAAUCAACGAGUUCACCAUGAAAUAUUAGAAAGUAUAGAAUGUAAAAGAAAGGAGUUAAAGAAUGACAGAGGAUCAAUUUGUUCUAGCAAAUGGUCUAGGCAUUCUAGAGUCUCAUCUACUUCAUCACGUUCAUCAGCAGCACAAAGAAAGCAAGAAGCAGCAGCAAAGGUAGCUAGACUUAGAAAGGAAAUGGAAUAUCAUGAUAGUUUAGCAGAGGCAGAAGUUAGGUUAGCAAGAGACCAGGCAAUGUUUGCAAAGAAAAGGAAAGAGAGAGAUUUAGCAGUUGCUAGUGCAGAACUUAAUGCUCUUAGCUUAGUUGAAGAAGAAGUAAAAUUGCUUCCAGGUAAUGAUGAAAGUGUAGAGAAGCAAAGUUAUCUUCAACAAUACAUAGAGUCACAAAAUGAAAUGAAAGCACAAGCAAUUGCAAAUCAACAAAGUGACAAUGCCAUGCCUCACAAAUAUGUUACAUUCCAUGACCCACAGAAACCUUCUUCUUGCAAUAGAGAUAAUGAAUUGAUGACAAAUGAAGUACAUGGACAAAUAUUUAGUGAACCUCAGGUAAAAUCUCACCCCAUUCAAGUCCAUUGGAGGAUACAGUGGUAGUCUACAGAACAGUGACACAAGAAGUAGAAAUCAAUGAAGAAAAGAGGGUUAAUUUCUUAGUGGUUCCUACUAAAACCAAAGAGAUGAUUAAUCCUUCUCAAGUGAGAGAUAUGUUUGAACUUGACUUCAGUGAUAGAAAGUCAGCUGACACUCCAUUAUCAUAUGAAGAUAAAAGGUUUAUGAGUAAGAUGAAAGAAGGAGUACAUCAGCUGAAGGAUGGCCAUUAUGAGUUGCCCCUUCCUCUUAAAGAUGAUAACGUCAAGCUUCCAAACAACAAACUAUUAGCAGAGCAGAUACUCAAGAAGUUAAGAGCUAAACUUGAGAAGGAUAAUCAACACAAAGGUGAUUACAAAGUGUUCAUGGAUGAUAUGAUUACAAAAGAUUAUGCAGAGGUUGUACCGACAAAGGAUUUAGUUAGGAAUGAUGGUAAGGUCUGGUACAUUCCACAUCAUGGAGUCUAUCAUCCGAGAAAGCCAAAGAAGUUGAGAGUUGUCUUUGACUGUAGUGCAAACUACAGGAACCAAUCACUAAACAGUCACCUGUUACAAGGCCCAGACCUUACCAACAAACUUAUUGGAGUGUUGUGUAGGUUUAGGCAAGAAAGCAUUGCACUUGUAUGUGAUAUAGAAGCAAUGUACCAUCAAGUGAAGGUCAACCCAGAACACAGAGACAUGUUAAGAUUCCUUUGGUGGGAAAAUGGUGAUCUUAAUAAUGAGAUAGCUGAAUACAGGAUGACAGCUCACCUGUUUGGAGCUACUUCAUCUCCAAGUGUAGCCAACUUUGCUCUUAAGAAAGCUGCAGAUGACUACGGGUGUGGAUCUGAUGCAGCCAAGUUUGUAAGAAACAACUUUUAUGUUGAUGAUGGUUUGAAGUCAGUAGCUACAAUGAAUGAAGCUGUCACUCUUAUUCAGCAAAGCAAAGAAUUAUGUUACAAGGGAGGUUUUAACCUUCAUAAGUUCUUGUCAAACAACAAAGAUGUAUUAGCUGCAAUCUCUCCUCAUGAGAGAGCAGAUGGAAUUAAAAGUUUGGAUUUUAGUAAGAAUGAAGACACACUGCCUAUAGAAAGAACUUUGGGAGUUGAGUGGUGCAUAGAAUCUGACACAUUUCAAUUUAGAAUAAAGCUGAAAGACAAGCCACUCACCAGGAGAGGCAUUCUGUCAACAGUGAGCUCUAUAUAUGAUCCAUUAGGUCUAGUGUCACCUCUCAUACUGACUGGAAAGCAAAUUUUACAAGAAUUAUGUAAGAAUGCAGUUGAAUGGGAUGAUGAGGUGCCAGAUUAUGUCAAACCUAAAUGGUUAAAAUGGAAGGAUGAGCUGCACAAACUAGAUCAGUUAAAGGUACCUAGAUGCUACAAACCUGAUGACUUUGGGGAAGUAGAAAAGGUUGAACUCCCUCACUUUUCAGAUGCCUGUCAAGAGGGAUAUGGCCAGUGCUCAUAUAUUAGAUUAAUUAGCAAGACUGGCCGAAUUCAUUGUGCAUUAGUAAUGGCAAAGUCACGUGGCACACCUCUAAAAACCAUGACAAUUCCCAGACUAGAACUAGCAGCAGCAGUGGUGUCAGUUAGAAUCCAUAAACUCUUGAAGGGAGAACUUGAAUAUAAUAAUGUGGAAAAAGGAGUAUGUGCAAUUCCUACAACUUAGAAAUAAGUGGACAACACCAAAGAGGAAUCUCAGUGUAAAUGACAUAGUUAUCAUCAAAGAUCAGAAUUUAGCAAAGAACCAGUGGAAACUGGGAAGAGUAACAGAAGUAUCUCCUGAUCAUGAUGGCCUAGUAAGAAAGGUUAAGGUCCUGGUUUCAGACUGUAAUCUCGACAACCAGGGAAGACACAUAAAGGCAAACAGGACCAUCAUAGAGAGGCCAAUACAUAGUCUAGUAUUGCUGUUAGAAGGUAAUGCAUAAUAAUAGACCGGAGCAUCCCCGCCAAGGAGCCAGUGUAACAAAACAUAUUAUGUGCUAAUCCUAGUCUUAAGGUACAUACUAAUGUUAAUUUAAGGUAAAUUGUUACACAAUUUAGGGGAGCCAUGUUACUGUAUGUAAAGCGUAUGUACCUCAUGUCAUUAUUCCUCGGCAUAUAUAAGUGAAAUGUUCAAUAGUUUUCUAUUUGCAUGAAAACGUGUAAUAUGUGUAAGUAUCAGUAUUCAAUGCUAUAUUAAGCACCGAAGCCGAUGCUCACUUGUUAGGAGUGUGGGGUUAACCUGCUAGUCGCCUGCGGGCAUCACUCACGGCCAAGUCGCGCUCAGACAAAGACGGGCAGGAUGGUGACCGAGGUAAAUACUUUAAUUUUGUAGUAAAAACUGAUUGUCAUAGUGCCAAGUCAAUUGCAUGUAUUGUUAAUGAAUAUUGUAAUAUGUUGAAAGUGUUUAAUAUCAGUGUAUAAUGUUAUUUUGUAAGAAAUUGAGACCGAGAACUUGUUCGCAGUUCUUACGGUCAUGCCUACCCCAUCAAUAAACGUGUCAGGGAGAAAUGCCUUUCCUCGACCCUACGAUGAUGGGUGUGAUCAGUAAAACAGAUCACCUGAGAGCCAAUUGAUGCCCAGCCGGUGCGGCUACACCUGCCAUCAUAAGACACAUCAUUGCAUCACAUAUGGAAAGAGGAUACAAUGAAUAGUACUUCAUUAUUGAAUAACAAUAGUAAUGUCACAAUGAAUGUGAUUUUGAUUUACUCUCCUUUAGUAGGCUCUUGGUCACCUAUUUGGUUAUAUAGAUGCUGAUGCAGAUGAGGGCUUUCAAAUUGUAAAAGUUUUCCAGUCAACCACAUUUCCUUGUUAUGUCUGUCACUGAAAAAUCACUAACACGAAAAGUGGAAAAGUACUACAUAUUAUCUAAAUGAUCAGUAGUUAAUCCAAUUAGAGUAUGGUACUAAUAACCAUAGACUCAACUUUGAAAAAAAAAAUAAAACUAGGCAUCAAAAGGCUUCAACUGCUCCAUCAUUCAUUUAGGUGCCUUUGAUGGCUUUAAAGAUUAUACUCUAAACUUGUCCUGUAACAUUUUAUUAAGCUUGAGAAGCCAUGAUAGUCAAAUAGCAAAGGAGCCAAGGUGUAGAUAGGUAGGACAUACUGUAGAUCAAGAAAAUUGGAUAACAGAUGAAAUAGAAGAGUAACAGUGUAGAUAAAAU